AGAAAUCUUGGACAGCUCCUGUGUUCAAUGAAGGUGCAACGUUAUUGGCUGACCGAAUCAAUGACUCACAAACUUCUUUAUCUAUUAUGCAUGUCAGUUCACCUUAACUGUGUUCUUAGAUUCAUUCUUAGGUAUACACAGCUUGGUGCUAGCUGGUCUUUGUUAACAAGGGACAAAUAAUCUUCUGGGAGAAAGAAGUUUCAUCGAAAAUGGAGCUGCUUGGAUCAACUCGGACCGCAACUUAUGCACGGCCAAAAACCAGCCACUUCCUUCCUGCCAUCUCCACUAUGGCAUCAAGCUACCGCAACCCUCAGCAAGUCUUGGCGAUGAAUCCCAGUGCCAAUAUUUGGAGAACCAACAGCUAUUACAAGAGCAGCAGUGUUCUCCCUUUGACCUCCUCCACACAGCAUAGUAAUUUUGAUCUGGUUCGAGCCAAAACCAUUUUCUACCCCUCUAACAGGACCACACUAACUACCCGCUACACCCCUGAUGAUUGGUACAAGUCCAACCACAUCAAUUACAGGGAGUCAGAGUCGUCACGGAAGAGCGCUGAACGACUGAGGAGAGACACCAUCAGGUUGAUGCAGGAUAAAGAGCAGCUGACCAGAAGAACGCAGGAAAACACCAGCAAGAAUAUUGGAGAAAGGCUAAAUGAUAUUGUCUUCUGGAGGUCUGAGCUCAGCCAUGAGAUUGACAACAUGGUGACAGAGAUAGCGGCACUCAAUGAAGUGAAAAGAAGGCUGGAGAGAGCCUUGGCAGAGACUGAGGGGCCCCUUCAGGUGGCUCAAGAGUGUUUGUACCACAGAGAGAAGCGGAUGUCCAUUGACCUGGUACACGACGAUGUAGAAAAAGACCUAACAAAGGAAGUGGAGGUUAUAAGGUCAUGUCAGGAGCGGAUGAGGCGCCAUCUAGAGAGAGCCACCGCUCAGCUGGCGUCAAAUCGAGGUGCCCAACAUGAGCUGGAAAAAGACUUGGGAGACAAAGUAUCUGCUCAAAGGAUUGAUGAUAAGUGUCACCAUUUGAGGAACACAUCUGACGGUAUCGGCUUUUACAGAGGAAUCGACAGAAUAGAUUACUCAGUUUCUCUGCCGGACUCAUGGUCAAAGUUUACAGACGACAACAUCCUUCGCUCCCAGAGCGAGAGGGCGGCCUCUAACAAACUCAGGGAUGAAAUAGAAAUCUUGCUAAGCACAACGUCCAAUGAAAUGUGGAACCAGUUCAACAGUGUCAAUGUUGCCUUCACCAACCGCAUCUCUGAAACAGCUGAUACCAAGAACAACCUGCAGGCACACCUAGCUAAGACUUUGCAGGAGAUCUUUCAGACCGAGCUGCUGAUUGAGUCUCUAAAGAAAGCUCUAAGAGACAAAGAGAGCCCAUUAAAAGUAGCUCAAACCCGGCUGGAGGAGAGAACACGGAGGCCCAACAUAGAGCUUUGCAGAGAUAAUCCACAUCACAGGCUUGUGGUUGAGGUAAGAGAGAUUGAGGAUACUAUUCAGAAACUUCAGGAAAGACUGAUGGAGGCAGAGAACACCCUGCAGACUCUUGCAAAGACAAAAGUGACCCUGGAGCACGAUCUGUCCAUCAAGGCCAACUCUCUGUUCCUGGAUCAGGAGAAGUGCAUGAGCAUGCGGAAGACCUUUCCUAGCCUUCCUCGCCUGGUGGGGUACACUUAAAUCAGACGUUUAAAAAUCUGAAUUUCAGAGGAACAGGAUGCACAUAAAUAAUCACAAUAUUUCAUGUCAACACCAGAUGAUCAAUUUUAUAAAUUGAUUUAUUUGACCAACAGGUUACUUAUCGCUUCAAACAUAAAUUGAUACUGUUUUAAACACAUCUGGGUGUCUUUAAAAUAGUUUACACUUAAGAGAUAAAUGAUGUUAAAGAUCCACCAGUAAAGUCUGUUUAGUUUUCUUGAUGCAUUUUUAGCGUUUUGGGUUUGACCUGUGCUUCUUUUUGUUUUUACACAGUUUUCUUCUGUUUUGGCUUCAUCUUUGUUUGAGAGAUAAUGAUCUUGUGGAAUUUGGAUGAAUGCUUUUGUAAACAUGAGAUUAUGUUUAAAUGAUUGUAAAACCUGAGAAAGAUCAGCCUAUUUAUGCAAUUACAUCCUUAUUAUAUAAAAAUAUGAAAUGGUGUUUUUUUUUCUCUUUGCUGUUACUGUAUCUGAAAUUCAAGUCUGACAGAAUGGGCAGCCACACGGAACCUAUUGAGGGGAAAAAAAAUAAAUGGAAGAUGUAUAAGGAGACGAAUAUCCUUUUGUUAGGAUGGAAAAUGUUUAAAAAUUUUUGAUACAAACAUCAUAUGGUGCAAAAACAUGCAUGUCAAAUUCCCUUGACUGUACCAUCCUGGCAUAAAAUACGAUGAUGACAGCAUCGUAAUGUGGAAGUGCUUUUUUUUUAUCAGCAGAGAUAGGAAAACUAGCUACAAUUAAUAGGUGGAUCCAUGGAGUUUAGUACAGGAUGGUGUUGAAAAA